AAAGUUGACAGUUGUACUUAUUUCGCAAAAUAAGGAUGCACCUCUUCCAAUUAUUUUGCAUAUUCGUCUCAAUCCGUCAUAUCCGGUCGGAACAUUGUCCCAAUGACGAUUUGGAGUUGGAAUUGGACCUGGACCAAUUGAGAAUUGCGGCACAAGUGGAUAAAAGAUUUCUAAGUUUUGCUCUAGACUCAUUUUUAUUAGGGGAUCAUUGGCGCAGGACAAAUUUAAGGGACCCCAAGUUGAUCUCAUUAACGAAGCAGUUGACCCCUGCAUACCUCCGCGUGGGAGGAACUGACCAAGACAACUUGAUAUUUUGUCCCGGGGCAAAAUUCGGAAAUGUUCAUGAUAACACGAUCGAUGCCUUGCCUUGCUCAACAACACGGGAGAGUAAAAACUCAACGAUUCCAAUAACAGAAUCGGAUAUAAAAGAACUCGGCCAAUUUGUCAAGGUCACCGGGGUCGACUUGGUGUACGGACUAAAUGUCCUGGAACGACAUGGAGGACAAUGGAAUCCUGCCAACUCUGUUCGUCUAAUGAAUUACAUGGAUGCGCUGGAAAUUCCAGUGGCCGGUUGGGAACUAGGAAAUGAACCGCUCCGAUUUCCAAAAGUGUUCAACAAAUCUGUACGAGCCGGAUCGUUGGGGAGAGAUUUCAACCUUUUAAAGUCUCUCCUUUCUCAAAUCUCUCGAUACUCGAACUCUGCAAUUUUUGGUCCGGAUGUCACCAGCAUUAGAAAGGCUGGAUCCCCAGCUCUGCACUUUUUAGCAGAAUUUCUCCAAGAAUGUGACAACUCCACUUUAUCGGGAGGAGUUACAUUUCAUGACUACUAUUUUUCCGGCUCAACCGCAACCAUCCUCGACUUUCUCGAUGUUAGAAUUAUGGAUAAAUUGACGACCAGGAUUCAACUGGUGAAGAGAAUUGUUCGGACACGUUUCCAACAACCAGAUAUUCCUCCCUUAUGGCUAGGGGAAACAAGUACCGCUUUUGGAGGUGGUUCCACAAAUAUAUCGGAUCGUUUCGUCGCCUGUUUUACGUGGCUCGAUAAGUUGGGACAAGCCGCUCUGUCCGGAGUUGCCGUCGUGGUUCGGGAAGCCUUGUCUGGGAACAAGAACUACGGACUUCUUGAUAAGACGACUCAUCCAACCCCGGGCUACUUUGUUUCCCUUCUGUUCAAACGACUCGUAAGCCACAUCGUUCUCACGCCACUGGGGGAUAAUUUUGUCAGACUUGAUGCCGCAAAAAAUAACAGGACCAUUCGAUUUUAUCUUCAUUGUGACACAGAAUUGAGGGGAGGCGUCGUCGUAUUUGGGAUGAAUCUGAACACUAAUCCGGUCAAGGUACGGAUAAGCACGGGUGGAAAUAUGGGGCCGGCUCGGAUCUACGAAUAUUUGCUGACACCACUCAACGACGAUUUGGAAUCCAGGUUUUGCACGCUGAAUGGCCGAAUCUUGAAGGUCGGACAUGGGGGAAUAAUUCCUAAAUUAAUCCCAACCCUGAGACAAGAAAGUUUUUCAGUUCCAUCACUAUCACUGGGAUUCUGGGUUGUUAGCAAUGCAAAUGUCUCAUUUUGCGCAAGGUAAGGAAGUAAAAUGAGACAUCGUAGGUGAAAGCGAUGGGAUUUUUCGCUCGUUAUAGAAUAUUUUCCUUACAUAAACUUAAUAAAUUGUGGAAAAAAAUCAAAUACAAAAUUUUGUCUUUUCUA